GUUGCUGCGCCAGUCUCGUUUUUCUCCCUUCACCUUUUUGUUAAAAGGCCCCGUCAACCUUGAUUUUGUUCUCGUUCUUGAACAGUAAUCACCACCAUUAACGGAACAGAGUAGGGAGACACUUUCUGUCUGAUGGCUAAGGCCGCCUUCUCCCUCGUUUUCCUGCUCUUGUCCUUCACUUCCGGAUCAGGGUUACCUGUAUCUGUUGUCAAUGCGCUGCAGAAAACGUGGUGUGUGGCCAAGCCAUCAUCAGACCAAGCAACUCUACUGGCGAACAUAAACUACGCCUGCUCCCAAGUGGACUGCAAGAUCCUCCAAAAGGGAUGCCCGUGCUUCGACCCCGAUAAUCUCAUGAACCAUGCCUCCGUCGCCAUGAACCUCUACUAUCAAUCCCAUGGAAGGAGCCACUGGAGCUGCGAUUUCCGAAACUCGGGCCUCGUCGUCAUCUCUGAUCCGAGCUACAGCAAUUGCAUCUACGCAUAGCGUGAAUCGGAAGUCGUGUUUGUACUAGUAGGAGGACUAGAUUUUCGAAGAAGGAAUGUCGUAGUAGAGAGUAGAUGUCAUAUUCUUGAGACAAGUCUGAGAUGAAUUCUUGUGCCUCGGGUCAUGUUUGAUCACUGUUCUGAUAUUAAUGACAUUGUAGAGGAGGAUGCCUUCUUUCUUUCCCCAUAAGCAGUGGACUAGCGACGUACUCUAGCCAUUAAUACUUAUCUAAUUUAAGAAAUAUGAAUUGCAUUUUGAAAAAUCGUAUCUACGUUCAAGCCUACCAAUUCAUUAGUAUGUAAGAGAUAUCAACUGAAUUUGAAUAUAUAUGAAACGCAUUCUUCUUUUUAAUAUUG